UAUAUUUCUGGAAUUAUGUCUUCUCCUGGUAAGACAGGUGCAGUUUCAAGCUCAGUGAGAAUACUUUCAAGAACAAAAAGCAAGAAAAAACAUUUUGUACAUCAAAAAGUGGAGGUAUUCUGGGCCAGCGAUCCUAUCCUGACUGUUUUUAUGUGGGGCAUCAAUCACACGAUAAACGACCUCUUUCAAGUGCCUAUGCCAGUAAUGCUACUUCCAGAUGACUUCAAAGCCAACAUAAAAAUGAAAGUCAACAACCAUUUAUUCAACAAGGAAAAGCUCCCUGGACAUUUUAAGUUUAAGGAGUACUGCCCACUGGUGUUCCGGAAUCUAAGAGAGCGAUUUGGAGUUGAACAUCAGGAUUAUAUGGUUUCUCUUACACGUAGUCCUCCAGGAAAGGAUGGCAAGUGUCAGGAAGCAGGAUUGGUGUUGAUAUCAUAUGACCGAACACUAAUUGUCAAGCAAAUUUCUAGUGAGGAGGUGGAGGACAUGCACAACAUUCUUUCAGAAUACCACCAGCACAUCGUAACAUGCCAUGGUAGCACACUACUUCCCCAGUUCCUUGGCUUGUACCGUGUUACUGUGGACAAUGAAGACACAUACCUUUUAGUCAUGAGAAAUAUGUUCAGCCACCGACUAACUGUCCACAGGAAAUAUGACCUCAAGGGGUCUUUGGUUUCUCGAGAAGCAAGUGAUAAAGAGAAGGUGAAGGAACUGCCCACCUUCAAGGAUGUCGAUUUCAGAAAUAACAUGCAGCGAGUGUACAUCAGUGAAGAGGAGAAAGAAAAGCUUUUGGAUAAACUGAACAGGGACGUAGAAUUUCUUGUACGUUUGAAGAUCAUGGACUACAGCCUGCUGCUGGGCAUUCAUGAUGUCGAGAGGGCAGAGCAAGAGGAAGCGGAAGAAAUGAAAGACCCUUUAAGUGAAGAGGAGGAGGAUUCAGAGAAUGACCUAUCGCUUAUGGCUGUGGGGUCUUUCGGCACUUCCCCUGAGGGCAUUGCAGGGUACAUGAGCUCUUACAAACCUCUUGGUCCAGGAGAGUUUGACCCUUAUGUUGAUGUGUAUGCCAUCCAGAGUGCAGCUGGUUCCACACACAGAGAGGUAUACUUCAUGGGUCUCAUAAACAUUCUGAGCCAGUAUGAUACCAAGAAGAAAGCAGCCCAUGCAGCAAAAACAGUCAAGCAUGGAGCUGGAGCUGAGAUCUCUGCAGUUCAUCCUGAACAGUAUGCCAAACGGUUUCGAGAAUUCAUUGCAAACAUCUUUGCCUAAUUGAGAGCAUUUUAAAUAUACUCUUCCAAAUCUAGUACACAAAAAAAAGAAAAAAAAAAACCUUGCUUUGGAACUGGUGGUUUGUACAAAUUCCUGAUUAUUAAAUUAUUUGAAAAGCAUUAUUUAAUUAUUAAAUUGUUUAGCAUGUAUGAAUGAUAAAAAAUUGUUAUAAAAUCAAGAUUAUGAAAUUGUCAUGAAUUGUAUUUUAAAACUCUAAUUUGCAAUAAAAAUGUAAUAAUGCACAUAUAAAAUGUAUACAAAAAACUGACUGCAUGAAAUGGAUGUGCAGUUAUAAUAGUUUAGAAUGUGACAUUUUAGUCUGCGGAUUUUUCAAAUAGUGAAUAUUUAAAUUAUUUGUAUGCAUUUUCACAAAGUAAAUAUGAAACUUUGUUUGUCAUUUAACCCUUUUUGACUUUUUGAUGUACUGUUCAUAGUCUCGAGUGUCCAUCCAGUAAAAUGGAUUUAUUCUGUAGUUCCAAACUUCCACAAAACAAAUCUACCCCUGAAAUUUAUGAUUAAAGAAUGCUGUGAAAAAUAA